AUGGACUUCAUCUUCCAGGACUUUGGUUCUGCUUUUGGAACGGGCAACGGGUACGAGCUGUCCCGCGCUCUCACACCAGAGCAGGGCACAGAUCUGCUCAAGAUCAUAUGGAAAGCCACCAACCAUCACCAGGCCAAGGACUACUUGCGACGUAACCUUAAGAGGGAGACCAACAUCUCGAAGCAGGAGCUUGACGCGUGGACUGAUGUUUUCUACCAAUACUGGCUGACCGCUGGCGCCAUCCUUGCACCAGCCAUACAUAUCUCAGAAUACGCUAACAGUCCUGGGCAGCCAUCAUGGAGCAAAGUCUAUGAAGCGUGGCGGGAUUUCACUCUGGCACUCACGAGGGGCUACCGGAGUGCAGGGUUUGGAGCUUGGACGAUACCGUGCCUCUACAUUGCCGGAAAAUACCUGAGGGUCUUUGCCCUCAAUGCAGACAAGGAACGCAGUUCGAAACCUACCGAUGAGGGAGCCAUGACUCUUCAGGAUGAUUUCGACCCGGAGGCAGAGGCACACCAGAGCCUCGAGGACUGUGCACGACAGCUUAAUGCCAUAUUCGGUCUCUGCCUGAUGGAUAGGAAUCCUCUCGAGGAGUCCAAGAAAUGGGCCAUCUAUUACAUCAUCAACCUCCUCUUCAAGACGUAUUUCAAGCUCAACCAGGCAAGCUUGUCUCGGAACAUCCUGAAAAAUCUACGUGCCAACGAACGCGACAUGCCAUCCCUCGAUCAGUUUCCAAAAUCCCAGCAGGUCACUUUCAAAUACUACGAGGGCGUCCUCUUCUUCCUUGAGGAGAAUUACGUGGAGGCUGAACGUUGUCUGGGAGAGGCUCUGGGUCUCUGUCACAAGGAUGCCAUAAAAAACAAGGAACUCAUUCUUACCUAUCUCAUCCCCUGCCAUCUUCUCACCAGCCACACCCUCCCAACGCCAGCCCUCUUGGAGCCGUACCCACACCUCCAGGAGCUGUUUCUACCGCUAGCACAGUGCAUCAAGAAGGGCGACCUCAAUGCCUUCGAGCAAGCUCUAAAGGAUGGCGAGGACGAAUUCGUGAAACGACGUAUUUAUCUACCCCUCGAACGAGCCCACGAUACUUGUUUGCGUAAUCUACUGCGCAAGGUCUUUCUCGCAGGCGGUUUCGAGGAGCCCAAGCCUGACACACCGGGUGCCUCACCAGUCCGUCGUACAAGAAUUCCCGUUGCUGACUUCACGGCCGCCAUCAGCCUCGGCAGCAAGCAGCAGGUUGAUUCGGAUGAAGUGGAGUGUCAGCUGGCCAAUAUGAUCUACAAGGGCCUCAUGAAGGGCUACAUAGCACGUGAGAGGCAGAUCGUGGUGCUGAGCAAAUCUGGAGCUUUCCCAGGCACCGGUGUUUGACAGGGCGGUGCCAAAUCUCACCACCGACAUAUUUAAGUGCCUGAAGCUUGUGUCUUCACAUACUUCCAAACAGCGGCAAGCUGCUGCAGAGGUAGGAUGAUUCGCCCCUGGCUGUAUCAGGUACGACCGCCUUACAUUAGAAAGGCAGAGAGGAGACCAUGAGAGCAUCUCGGCUAGGACGUGGCCUCUGAAGGAUGGCUUACGUACUUCGUAAUAUGGUGACUUAGCAUAAGGGAAACCAACGGCUGUGGCUUAUUUGGUUGGGUUUUUCAAGGCAGAUAGAUACCCUGGGGACGCAUUGGACUCACGAACGCCUUCUUUACCUCAUAAUAGAUACCCUAUCACAAUGUC